UGGCAGUUCGCGCCAGAAGCUAUUGAAGGAUCAGAUAUCUGUAUACCAGCUUCUGAAAACGUUCUCACUAUGAUGGCAAAAUAAUGAAUUGAUGACAGUCACGAUAUAGGUUUAGAGUCGUGUUUGCCAUGGAUUUUGAAGAAGUCCCUGGCAGCUGCACACUGAAGACGAUUGAUUGCACCUGAUUCCGAUUCAUCACUAUUCCAUCCUAACACUAAGUUUUAUAGUGUUUGCUUGAAAUUAUCGGCGAUUCUAACACGCAAGAUGGAUGAACCAUCAAACAAUUUGACUGCUUUUGAGAGUGCUUUUGAAGAGUGGUUAAGCAAGGCAGCACCUCCCUCACUGGAGAGGAUGGAUGAGGUAGAGACUGGGAGCGUCUGUAGCCAGGCGGACAAAAACAAUAACACGGAUUCUGACGUGGAUGGUGAUCUACCCUCAGCUCGGCCGAUGAGAGACAGUCCUCCAUUGUUAUCUAGUCAUUUUAAGGAUGUUCAGAACAGCAGCAAAACAAUCAGGCUAAAACGACUGACAAGACAUAAACCACCAUCCAUGGCUCUGUGCCAAGCAAUCAAAAGAAAAUAUUUCAGUAACCACGGUAACAGCCGGAGACAUUUCUCCUUACAGCAAUUUGCAAGCAAUAAUACAAGAUCCACUUUUAUUAAAGUACCCACAAACAGUGGUGCCUCGAGAAAAAAAGAGGAAAAGUAUAUUAAAACAAACUUCAUUGAUGCCAAAUGUCCCACCAGUUCUCACAGUGACGCAAGUCGUUGCCGGGGGAAAUAUGGGUCUCGCAGAACAGAUGAUGGAUCUCAGCUGAAGAAGAAUUCGGUGGAAAAGUUUACAGACAGCCAUUCAAUGUCUGUUCCUCAUAGUACUGAGGUGUCUCCCGUGAGUGACGCUGGUUACGGUGAAGACAUAGCUGUUGAUUCCGAGCACGAUGACAUCUCCCGCAGGAGUAACGGUUACCAUUCUAUGGAAGAAUUCCAACUGACCAGUGUCUCGCCACCUAGUCAGUCCGAAUCCCCGCUCAGUAGUGCAGGGGAAGGAAAUCAUCCCGCGUUCCUGUGUUCAAAGAGUCUUGGUGUCGGAUUUAACUUGCAUUCUGUGUACAGGACCAAAUCUGCACGUAAGAACCACAGUCCUAAUUCUUACGAUUCUGAUUUCGUUGAGUCCCCCAACUCGUGUCACAUACCUCCAUCAAAAUCACCAAGUCAUACUGUGAGUCACUGUAACCCAUCUAAAUCACCAGAGCACUUGACGGUGCUGCAGAUUUCUAAACAUUACAAACUAGAAAGCCAAAGAGAUGAAGAAAGGCCUCUUAUAUUAAAGAUUAAGUGCGACAGGAGUCCGCAGUACAAAAAAUCUCCCAUGUACUUCUGUGAAAAUGUUACACCAACCGAUUCACCUCCAAAGCUGAAAUUGAUCGAUUCAGAAAGAAACAGUCGUGGUUUUGCUAGCGAAAACAAUUCUUGUAGGAAAAGAUCAUCAAGGAGUCAUAGUGAGAUUUCCAAUUCCAGCCACGAGCCAGAACAAAGGCACUCUUUCAAGCAGAGUGUCAGUGUUGAGUCUGUCACUGAUAGGCUGUGCGAAUGUGAUUCCGUGAGUAAGGAGUUGGCUGCAGCUUCACCUGAUCAUUCCUGUGAUGAUGUUGUGUUGGAAGAGGAGGCAAAGAUCCCGAGGCAAAACCGCCAGAAGUCUCGGAGAAACGGUUCUCGCGUUUGUGGCUGCUGUAUGAGUUCUCCGAAGAAACACCGAUUCAGAGGUGAAAAACGCAAGCGGUCGCUCUCCGUUUCGAACACUCCAGGCUCCAUUGUGUUCACCAGUGGAUCGACGUCACAUCUCAAGUGCGAUGUGACGUACAUGUCACCGAAACAAAGAAAGUUUGUGAAAAGUGCUUUAAACCUGUCCAGUCUGCAGCAGAAACUGCACAUCCUGUUCAUACACCUAUUUCCGAGACUGGAGUCUGCUCUGGUUGCAAUGCCUCCCGAAUCGCUUAGGUUCGAAGACAUGCUCGACGAAGUGAUAAGGACACUGGAAGCAUCUCCCGAGGAUGAACAGCUCAUGGACUCUGAAGAGCUGAGCAAACAGCUUCUCGGCGUGUCGCUGAGAGCAGACACUUCAUCGGUUACAGUGUUUGAGCCGCAGGUUCAGCUGUGUAACACUCCAAAGGACUGCCUGGAGGAGUACCAGGAAAAGAUCUACACUCUCCUCAAACUGUUGCUCCCUGAUCUCACACUGAAGUACGAAUACGUUCUCCGCUUUCCAAAGGAUCUCGAGAAGUUCUUGGACCGUCUGGUGGCUUGGAACUACCGUUCUUUGUGAUGUUGGUCAUCAAUAAUGUAGCAUUUCCCACUGAUAGGACUUGCUGCAUUUCAUGCAUUAUGGUCGAAUCUUUUCACUCUUUAAAAGUAUAUCUUGUGGUGUUAAUUGCAAACUGCAGUCAAACCAGUCUUGAGCAGCCACCCAAAGUAGUGUAAAAAAAAGUAUCAAAAAGUAGCCAUUUAAAAUAAAUGGUACAUGUACAUGAGGGUUUAAAUACAGUUUUUGGUUGUAUUAUAUUCUAAAGAUGGUUAGCGAGAAUAGUACUUUGGGUGUUUAACAGAGGUGGCUGGUUUAGUGUGUUUGACUGUACAUACUAAAAGUUAAAAAAGGAAGAAACAAAUACAAUCUUUAUUAUUUACAGACAUUUUUUAAUGUUUGAUUUUUUAAAGUACAUAACUGUGUCAUUUGAAAAGCUCUUCAAAUUGAACAUGGCAUGUCACAAUUUUGACUGAAAUUGUUGGAUGCUAUUCUGGCAUUUCAAUAACUGUGUUUUCAUGAUAGUUUUGAAUAUAGGUUUAUUCUUAAAGGUGAAAGAUUCUUUUGAAUAUGUGUGAUAGUUAUUGUUUCCUUAUACAGUGGAACUUGCCUAAACUGCUUUAGGAACAUAAUUUAAUACCAUUGGACUUAACACUUUUAUCAAGGCACAUUGAUUCGAUUACUUCUUUUGAUGUGAUAGCAUUACACUGAAUCAGGUUUGACAAAUGAUGUACAUGACUACAUGUAUUGCUUAUUUCUAAAUACAUCAUUUUCUUUUGAUAAAAAAAAAGAAAUCACACUAAAUAAUUUCCUUUCCAUGAAACGUUCUUCAAAAGAAUGCUCAUUUUGUUUUUAUAGUAUGCACCAACUCAUACUCAGCAUUUGCUAUCAAAUGGCUUGGUGUAUUAAAGAACCUGAACAGAACUUCUAUUCUGGUUUUAACAAUUUCCACUGUACUGUAUAUAUUAUUUCAACAUCCAGUUUAUGAAGAUUGUUGACUUGUUCUGUAAAUAACAGAUACAUUUAGAAUGUAUCAACUAUGAUCUGUUUUGUUUCUCAUUGUUUGCAUUUUAUCAAAACAACAAAAGUGUACAUUUUUGUAUUUUAGUGUAUAUUGUUAAAUAUUUAUAUCUAGAUUGUCCUUUAAGGGGAUAUGUUGUGUGAAUUUUAAUUUGAAGACUAACUACCCGGAGGCAUCUACAUAAACAAAACCCCCCAAAAAGAGGAGGUAAAUACAUGUACUUUUACAAGUACUUUGUACUUUGUUUUACUGUAGGUAACAUUAAAAGAUAAACAGUUAUAUCCCUUAUGUAUUAUUUGUAACAAGAUCAAAAUACACAGUUCAUAAUUUUUUUAGUGAUAGCAUUCAUUAUACAAAUUCAGAUUUAUCAGAGGUAAAAAUAAUUCUACUUACGUUUUGGGGAAACAGAAUCAAAUUGUUCAAUAGCAUUAAUUUCAUCAUAAUUAAAAUUCUAUGAGGUGGAAUUUUCAAAACAUUGGCAAGCCAUUUAUUUUAACUGAUUAGUUCUGAUCCUCGUUUCACGAAGCAAUCUUAGCACAAAGAUCACUUUAAAUGCUUAACUACAUGCACUUCAGAAGAUCUUAGGUCUAAGAUAGCUUUGUGGAAUGGGGCCAUGGUUACAUACUCCACCAAACAAUAUAUAAAAGCAACAAACCAUUUAACAUUCCUGUAUCAGUAUAUGGUACAAGUAUAAAAUUAUUAUAUCAUGAGCACAUGACAGAGAGAAUACUAAAUGAGUUCCUGUGAAAGACUAUUUAUAUUACAAUGUGCAUAUUUUCAAUAGUACAUCCAGAAUGAAAGCCUGUGAUGUAUGAUCGAAAACACAAGUUGUAAUAUUUAUAAAUGGUCUCUUUUUGGAAACGAGUAUAAUAUUUUGUUUAUUAUACUGCGCAUCGAUGAACAAAAUGUUGAUGGAAUUUCUUCCAAAGUAACUAAAUGAGACAUCAUAAAAUUAUAUCAUAUGAUGGUCACUUGAUUUAACUAUUUAUCAAUGAAACUUUGGAUUGCUACACUAUGCAUGAAGAUUACAUAAAAAAUUUUUAUAAACGGAUUAAAGGCUAUAGCCACUAUACAAACUUAUUACAAUAUGCAGCUAACAUUAAUUAUAAGAAUUGAUAGCAAGUCUUUUUUCCGAUUAUAAAAAUGUGAAUUGAAAGAACCAUGAACACUUUUUUCUUGAUCUGUGCACAAUCAUGCUGUGUCACACGAUCGAUCAACAGAUUUGGCGGUUAUGACAUAUUUCACAUUGUGGGAGAUGGAAAAUAUGGAUAUCUCCGCCACCACAGUGUAAUAAAUAGAGAAUACUACACAGGGCUUCUAGAUUAUGGUAGCCCCACUCCCAUGGCUAGUAAUAUUCAGUGUUGGGCUAGUAAAUAACUACUAUUGCCAUGCCCGAUGGCU